AUGGCCCGGCUAUUCGAAUUCGUGGCUAUUCCUUUGGUGAUGAUAAUAGCAAGCGUUGUCCUGGUGAAGUGUCAAGAAUUCGAAGAAUAUCAUUCCGAGUCAGACACGAGGAUUUCCAACGAUAAGGGCCGCCAGCUGCAUUCCUGUGACAGAACACCGAAGAAAUGUUCAAGUGUUGGAGGGACUUGCAUCAAUGUUGCAGAAGAAUGCGGUGGAGAAACUGACUUUGAUCUAUGCAAUAAUCGACACUGCACCUGUUGCAUAGGAUGCUCUAAUACCACGCCUUGUCAGAGAAAGCAGGGCGAAUGCAUAAGCAGCCAGGUAACGUGCAGAGGCCGAACAUUCCCCGGGAUGUGCAGGGGCAACGAUUGCACAUGUUGCCGUAAACACAGCUGUGGGGCUACGACCCGCCGGUGCUUGGCCGAGGGAGGAACCUGUAUCAACCUUUUGGACGACUGUGAAGGGAGGAUGGACGACGACCUCUGCUCCAAUCGCAACUGCGGAUGCUGUAUACCUGAUGAGAGCAGCCAAGAACACUCCUGUGACCGAACACCGAGGGCAUGUUCAAGAGUUGGAGGCAUUUGCAUCAAUGUUGCAAACGAAUGCAGCGGGAGAACCGUUUUCGAUCUGUGCAACAAUCGACACUGCACCUGUUGCCUCGGAUGCCCUACGACCACGCCCUGUGAGAGGAGAACGGGCGUUUGCAUACGCGAUCAGGUACCGUGCAGAGGCCGAACAUUCGAUGGAGUGUGCACGGCCGGUUGCAAGUGUUGUCGCAAACACAGUUGUGCAAACACGACGCCACGGUGCUCGGCAGUGGGAGGGACAUGUAUCAACCUCAUGGACGACUGCGAAGGGAAGAUCGUGGACGACCUCUGCUUCAAUCCCAACUGUGGAUGCUGUAUACCCGUGACCUCAAGCUCGACCACCACCACCACUACGCCCUUACCCCCCACUUCAACCUCCACUUCGACUUCGACUUCCAGCACCUCAACCUCCACUUCAAGCUCAACUUCCACCACUACAACAUCCACUUCAACCUCCUCUACUUCAACCUCAACCUCAUCCACUACUUCAACUUCUACCACAACUUCCACUUCCACUUCCACUUCUACUACUUCAACCUCUACCUCGUCUUCAACCACCACUUCAACCUCAUCCACUACUUCGACUUCUACUUCAACUUCUACCUCUACAACUUCCACUUCUUCCACUUCAACUCCACUUCAAACCACUUCAACCUCAAUUCCACUUACUUCGACUUCAACUCUCAACCUCACUUCAACUACCCACUUACAACCUCUCACUUCUUCUACUUCAACUUAA